UGAAGCAACGAGUUCUUGAGAGACAGUCUCAUAAACUGUGUUUGGGAGCAAAAGGAGAAUUGAAGCUGAUUGUCACAGAACCUGAAACAGCACUAGCUGCUGAACAGGAGAGAUUUGAAGAAAAAUUAGUUCCCACAAAGGCUCUGGAUGCCUUGAGCAGUCUUCAAACAGAAGGUGAUGCAGAAUCCUCGCAGAAAGCAGAGAGUUUUGGUCCGAACAGUGAACUCUGUGAGGAAGCUGGUUCUGUGGAGAACAUCGCAGAAAAGUCUGCAGAGACCUCACCUUCAGUGGUGUUUGAAAACAUACAAGGAUGCAGUCCACAAUGCUUACGUAUGCUGCUGGAGAACAUCAGCGGCCUGGUAGUAAAUAAUGACUUCACUGUGGAAGUGAUACCUGAAAGAAAUGCUGCUGUAGCUACCUUUAUAAAAAAUAUUGAUACUACAGAAUUUAUCAAAAAAUGCUCACAAAACAAGAGAGUUAGAGAAUUCGAGAUGACUGCCAGGCUUCUUGAACUGACCCAGAGCAUCAAGGCUGAAAACAUACCAGCCAGCGUCUCCUCUGACUACCUCACCGUCUACUUCGAGAGUGCGCGGAACGGCGGGGGAACCGUGUCGGGCGUCCAGCUCUUCCCCGAGGACAGCUCGGCCAUCGUCACUUUCUGCGAUCAGAAAGAUCUAAACACUGUCUUGGAAAAGCAGCAUUUUCUGGAACAGACACAGAUUUCUGUGCAUCCCUAUUACCACUCCCUGGGAACAGCUCUCUAUGGAGAGGAAAGACCAGCUAUCAAGAUGCCAGACCCCAUUGGGGUGCCACUGGAUCCGUAUGUCUGGCAGUUUUUACAAAGGCAGGCUGAACUGAUCCAAGACAUAAACCAGGAAAUGGCAAUUUGCCAUUGUGAGCUAAAAUGGCCACAGACAGACUGCGCACACCCAGAAAUUAUGUUGUGCCCAUCGUCAUCUCUCUCUGAGCAGAAAAACCCAAUGAUUAAGUUGAUCAAGACAUGGAAGCAAGAUGCUUCUGCUGAGUUCUCACGUAUCAUGUCAUGUUACAUUGCUAUAAAGUGUAACGUAAAUUCAGUGGAUUGGGAAGAUGUGAAAAACAGGCUGGUGAAAGAUGCUGCUUUGAUCAUAACUGAUAUUUCUGAGGAGAUGGUGGUGAUUGCAGGCAACAGAGCUGCAGUGGACAGUGCAGAGAAAGAAGUGAGGGAAUGCAUGGGAAAAGCCAUGAAGGAAAGUGAAAGGGAAAAACAAAGCAUUGAAAUUUCCGUGUCCGUGAUCCCAGGGAAGUAUGCCGUUCUGCACAACACUAGGCUGGAAGAGAAUAUUCACAAAGAAUAUCCGUGCUUAAAGAUCUCUUACGAUGACACACAAAAAGCUGUUCAGUUGUGUGGAUUACCUGCGGAAGUCUAUAAAGUCAAAGCUGACUUACUGGAAAAGGUAUUGAACAUGCCAUGUACGUCAGUUACCAUUGAUCCCCAUGUCUUCCGCUAUCUACAGCGUGUAGAUAACAAAACAAUGUCAGAGACAUUAUUCACUAGGGAAAAUAUUAAUGCUUUUUAUGAACUUGAGCAUGCUACCGUGUUGCUAUUUGGAGAUGCUCCCAAAGAUCUUUUAGAAGCAGAAAAGCAAAUAAAGACAGGCUUAGGAUAUGAGUGCAUCAACGUGGAGGACGGCGAAGUCAUUAAAAAGGAGCAGUGGACAAGUCUUCUUGCCUCCUUGCGUAAGAAGUACAGUACUACCCAGGAAACUCUAAUCAUUGAUGAACCUGUUGAAAAAGAAAAUAAGGUUAUUAUUGCUGGCUUUUCUGAGACUGUAACAGAAGUUUGUCAGAAACUUAAUGAUUUUAUGGAUAGAAACACACAUGUGGAAAAAGUAAUCCCAGCUAAGUCAGUGGUGGUAGUGCAGUUUGUAGAGAAGGAAAAAUCCGGUGUUUAUCAUGAACUGAGGCAGAAAGGUGUGACGGUACAUUUUGACACCAAGAGACCGUGUAUUUCCCUGAGUGGACCAAGAGCAGAAGUGCCAAACGCAGUCACCAGGUUUGAAAAAAUUCUCUCAUCCCUUUACUCAAAAAAUGUGUUAAUUGAUAAACCAGGAGCCAAGGAGUUCUUCGCUGAAAGGAAAGAUUCAUGUGUUUGUGAGGCAAAGCAGAAAUUUAGCUGUUUGAUUAGGCUGGAAGAAGAACACGAACAACAACAGAAGGAUGAAAAAGUUUAUGAUAAAGAGAAAGGAAAGCUCUACUACAAAAUAAUUCUGUCAGAUGGAGUUGUAGUAACAGCGUAUAAAGGUAACUUGUGUAAUUACUUAGUUGACGUUGUAGUAAAUGCAUCUAAUGAAAACUUAAAACACACCAGUGGCCUUGCUGAGGCACUAUUAAAAGCGGCUGGACCAGAGCUGCAACAGGAGUGUGACGAACUGGUGAGGAAGAACGGGAAAUUGCAGCCGGGGUGUGCAGUGAUCACCAGUGCUGGGAAACUCCCCUGCAAGAACAUCAUCCAUGCUGUUGGGCCCAGGUGGGCGAAGAAUGAAGCAGAAAAGUGUGUGUUCUUGUUAAAAAAGACGGUGAAGAAAAGUCUACAACUAGCCGAAACAUACAAUCAUCGUUCUAUAGCUCUGCCUGCUAUAAGUGGAGGGAUUUUUGGCUUCCCGCUGCAGACGUGUGCAGAUUCAAUUGUAUCCUCCAUCAAGGAGACCCUGGAGGAAUCCAUGGGACACAGCAGCUUGAAGGAGGUUCAUCUUGUGGAUGAUGCAGAAGCAACAGUUCAGGUUUUGAGCGAGACAGUAAAAAAAGUGUUCUCAGCUAAAUCAUCCCUCCUGAAUCUGGUGAUGCCACACGAUAAGCCAAGAGAAAGCCAGAAGAGAGAAGAGGAUGAGAAGGUGAUUACGACUAAUGAAGGCCUUCGCAUCCUAGUAGUGGUGAAAAACGUUCAGGAAGCCACGACGGAUGUCAUUGUCAAUAGUGUUGGCGAAGACCUGAAGUUCGGCGUGGGGCUUCUUUGCAAAGCCUUGCUGGAAAAGGCUGGACCAGGGCUCCAAGUAGAGUUUGAUGAAGAACAGCAAAGGCAGGCUGCUCGUCAAGGGAGCGUGGUCUGCACCAGUGGAUGCGCUCUGGCCUGCAAAUCCGUGCUUCAUGCCAUACUUCCCGUGUGGGAUGGAAGAACAGGACAUGCCCUGAAGACCCUAGAAAAUAUAAUCAAUUACUGCUUGAAGAAAACUGAAAAACUUGGACUGAAUUCAAUCACUUUCCCAGCUAUUGGAACUGGAGGAUUUGGAUUUCCUAAGACGACUGUUUCUAAGUUAAUGUUUGAUGUGGUAUUCAAGUUCAGUAGUCAUCGCACAAGGAAGACUCUCCAGGAAGUUCAUUUUCUCUUAAGUCCAAAAGAUACGGGUAACAUUAAGGCUUUUACCACUGAACUAGAACAUAGGCUAGCUGAAAGUUGCAAUGCUGCAGUGCCACAGUCAUGUUUCAUUAAGUCUGUUUCAACUGAAGUAUUGGGAGUUUAUGAAAUGCAUAUUGGUUCCAUUAUACUCCAAGUAGCUAGUGGAGAUAUUACCAAGGAGGAUACGGAGGUUAUUGUAAACAUAUCAAAUCCAACAUUUGAUGCCACAUCAGGGGUCUUCAAAGCAAUUAUGGAUGCUGCUGGUUCCCAGGUAGAAGCAGAAUGUGCACAAUAUGCUGAGAAGACUCUAAAUGGCUUUAUUACUACCCAAGGUGGAAAACUGUUGUGCAGUAAAAUCAUCCACUUGAUUCAUGAUAACAAUGUGAAGAAUCAGGUCUCCAAAGUCCUUCACGAGUGCGAGCUAAGGAUGUACAAAUCUGUUGCCUUCCCAGCAAUUGGAACAGGUCAGGCAAAACAGAGUCCAGCAAAGGUAGCCGAUGACAUGUUGGAUGCUAUAGUGGAAUUUGCAAGCAAAAGAUCAGUACAGCAUUUGAAAAAAAUUAAAAUCAUCAUCUUCCAGACAAAUAUGCUCAGAGACUUCUACGAAAGCAUGAAGAAAAGAGAAAAUUCAGAUUUGUCCACAACAGAUUCAUGGAUAUCUUUGUUAAAAUCAUUUUUAUGGGGAAAAAACCCAUCCACUGAGAAGAAAAAGCCUGUAGUUUUGGAGAAGAAAAUUGAUUUAGCCACAUUUCAGAUCUGUGGAGAAAGCCAAAAAAAUGUGGAUGCAACUGAGUGCUGGAUAAAGGAUUUAAUUUUAAAGGAACAGUUUGAAAACACUAUUUCAGAUGAGCUAAUUGAAAAUUUUGAUGAGAGGGAAAUUGACAUCUUGACAGAUCUCCAGAGAAGAAAGCAUGUUACCAUUCAGCUUGAAGAUAAACUUUCCCCACCUCUCAUUAAAAUUUCUGGUAUUAGCAGGGAUGUAUAUUUUGUUACUGUAGAAGUUCAAAAAAUGAUACAGAAAAUUAAGGACACUGAAGAAGAACGAUCCAAGGCAGAGCUUGUUUAUAACCUGGUAGAAUGGAGGUAUCCAGGAAACGAUGAUAGCUUUGUUGCUUUUGAUAAACUGACAAAUAUGCAGCUGGAGGAUGCCAAAAUAGCUAAAAAACCACAUCUUCCUGUCAAAAUUAACAAGAAGAACUACCAGGUGAAUCUGAAUACUCUAAAGGCUACUGACAACCAAGGAAAAACGAUAAACAUUCAACGUGUGCCAAAAAAUGAAGAUAUGCAGUCAGUAGAGCUCCCUGCGCAGUGGAAAGACAUGCAAGGGCAGCCGGUGAAAGUGGUGAAUCUCAAGCCAACACAUCAGGAAUACCUGGAAGUUCAGAACAGGUUUAAGAAAACCUGUCCCACCUUUGUCAUAGAGAAGAUUGAAAGAAUACAGAAUCCCUUCCUCUGGCAGACAUACCAAAUUAAAAAAAGAGCUCUCUCUGCAAAGAACAAAAAUCAAAAUAAUGAGAAGUUACUAUUUCACGGGACAGCUGCAUCCUCAUUGAGCACGAUCAAUUGCAAUGGAUUUAAUCGUGGGUUUGCUGGAAAGAAUGCUGCAGCCAUUGGAAAUGGAACCUACUUUGCUGUUGAUGCAAGUUAUUCUGCUCAGGAUAUUUAUUCCAGGCCAGAUAAUAAUAACAGAAAACACAUGUACUUGGCUCGAGUCCUCACUGGGCAGUACUGUGCUGGGAGCAGAGGGCUAGUCACUCCACCACCAAAAAACCCAGUAAAUCCUACUGAACUCUAUGACAGCGUGGUUGAUAAUGUGAAUAAUCCAACAAUAUUUGCCAUAUUUAGUGACAUUCAGGCAUAUCCUGAAUACCUUAUUACUUUCAAACAAUAG